CCGGAGGAUCCCGAGGUGCAUGGAGAAAGCCAAAGCAUCUGCACGUGUGGCACGGCACCUCAACUCUCGUGGCCGCAACCACAUGAGCUGCAGACAAACGUCCACCCGUCUCUCCAUUCUUUACUGCCUGCGGUUGUGUGGAAGGCGGUGGGAUCACAGUAGCUGCUCGACGACCGCGCCUUCCUUGUCGAUCAAAGCUGCCUCCACUGCUCGACGAGUACUUCCUUGCGACGCUGCAACCUUACCCGACUAUCGCGCCUGCGACACACCUCCCCGAUAGACCGACCAGACCGACAUACGCAUCAUGAGUGUCAUUCUUUGUACCGCCGGAUACGAUCACACGAUCAGAUUCUGGGAAGCGCUCAGCGGCAUUUGCUCCCGCACCAUCCCCCACCCAGACUCCCAAGUCAAUCGACUGUGCAUUUCCCCCGACAAGAGAUUCCUCGCCGCGGCUGGCCGUUACUCGGUCAAGCUCUACGACAUCAAAUCCACCAAUCCAGCCGCUGUGCUGACGUUCGAGGGCCAUACCGCAAACAUCACUGGAGUUGCGUUCCACUGCGAAGGCAAAUGGAUGGUCACCAGUUCUGAAGAUGGAACGGUCAAGAUCUGGGACACCCGCAGCGGACAUGUGCAACGGAAUUACUCCCACGGCGUCCCCGUCAAUGAUGUAGUCAUCCAUCCCAACCAAGGCGAACUCAUCUCCUGCGACCGCGGCGGCAACGUGCGCAUCUGGGAUCUGGCGGAGAACAAGUGCAGUCACCAACUCGUGCCCGAGGAGGAAAAGAGCGUCGCAUCCGUCACCGUGGCCACCGAUGGCUCCCUGCUAUGCGCCGCCGUCUCCAACAGCAUCCACGGCUCCGUGUACGUCUGGCGUCUCGUCAACGUGCGAGACAUGACGAGCCUCGUGCCCGUGACCAAGUUCCGCGCACACAACACCUACAUCACGCGCGUGCUCCUCUCCCCCGACGUUCGACACCUCGCGACCUGCUCUGCAGACCACACCGCUCGCAUCUGGGGUGUGGAUCUCGACAAGAUCGCAGAGAAGGCGGGAGCGCCGGAGAGCGUGACGCAAGAGGGAGACGAGGCCGGCCCGGAUCCCGAUGCCUUCGAACUCGAGCAGGAACUAGACGGCCAUCAGCGCUGGGUGUGGGAUUGCGCCUUCUCCGCCGAUUCUGCGUAUUUGGUGACGGCUUGCAGCGACCACUAUGCGCGGUUGUGGGAGCUACAGUCCAAGCAGAUCAUUCGGCAGUAUAACGGCCACCAUCGCGGCGCUGUGUGUGUUGCGCUCAAUGAUUACUCGGAAACGAGAUGAUUAUGCAACGAGUGCUUCCUGAAUUACCAAGCGAGGCGCAUGGAGUAUUGAGGCAGGGUUUGCAAUUCACCGAGAUGGCCGAAGAAGUAAUAUUCGAUGGGGUGAGGUCAAAAAGGAGUUGAGUGGGUAGAAGGCCAAGCAAACCGCACAACUUCAAUAAGCCGAUCCAAUCUACGUGUAUCGAACUGUCAU